AUGACUACAGUUAAGCGAAAAGCUUUGUCACUGCAAGAAAAAAUGAAAAUAUUGAAAAUUUUUGAUGAAAACUCACAAACAAAAAACCAGACUCAGUUAGCUGCUGAGCUUCAGUUACCGACUUCUACGUUACGUACUAUUUUAAAAAAUAGAGAGGAAAUUAUAGAAAAAUACAGUUUAGGAGGUGUGGGGAGAAAAAAGCUAAAAGCAGGCAAAUUUGUUAAAUUAGAGAAAGUUUUAAUCGAAUGGUUUCAUCGAGCGCGAGCUUCAAAACUACCCAUAAAUGGGCGCAUAUUGUGCGAUAAAGCACGUGAAAUUGCUGACAACUUACAAAUCACAGAUUUUAACGCCUCAAGUGGCUGGAUAGAUCGUUUCAAAAAUCGUCACGGCAUUGUGUACCGGCAACGCAGUGGGGAUUCAGAGACAGCGCCAGAACUUACAUGGAUGGCAACACUUCCUGCGACUGUAGAUCCAUCAUACGAAGUGGACGUCGUGUUGGAAGAAGCGGAACCCGUGGUACUGGAGAGUUUACCAAUUGUAACAAACGUCCAGGCGUUAUCAGCAGUGAAUGUUCUGAGGCGCUAUAUGUCUGCCUUGGACGAAAGUGAAGACGCGCUGGACAAGUUAUAUUACAUUGAAAGUCUUGUGAUUGCUAACACAGCAAAGUCUAUCUGUGAAACCAAAACGAGUGAUUAG